AUGCCACCAAGGGCAACCAUCCCGAUGCCCUACAUCACCGAGGUGACGGCCGGUGGUUGGCGGACUUCCGACAUCUUCUCCAAACUGCUGCAGGAACGGAUAGUAUGUCUCAACGGACCGAUCGACGACACCGUUUCGGCGUCGAUAGUGGCCCAACUGCUAUGGCUCGAGUCAGACAACCCCGACAAGCCCAUUACCAUGUACAUUAACUCGCCCGGUGGCGAGGUGAGCUCUGGGCUCGCUAUCUACGACACCAUGACGUACAUUAAGUCGCCCGUCUCAACUGUGUGCGUCGGUGCCGCCGCAUCCAUGGCUGCCAUUCUCCUGAUCGGCGGCGAGCCUGGAAAGCGGUACGCUCUGCCGCAUAGCUCGAUCAUGGUGCACCAGCCAUUGGGCGGCACGCGCGGCCAGGCCGCCGACAUCCUAAUUUACGCGACUCAAAUCCAGAGGGUACGGGAGCAGCUCAACAAGAUUGUACAGAGCCACAUCAACAAGUCGUUUGGGUACGAGAAGUACGACAUGCAGGCAAUCAACGACAUGAUGGAGAGGGACAAGUACCUCACGGCGGAUGAGGCGAAGGAGCACGGCAUCGUGGACGAGAUCCUACAUCGGAGAGAGAAAGGGAAUGGCAAAUCUGUGACAGGGGAUAGCAAGGGCGUGAAACUAUGA